GCUACAUAUAGCAUUUCAUACCGAAAGUGAACUCUAUUGCGUUAGACUUAACGGAGUACUAACAUGCUACAGUAUACUUUGCAAAAAGUUGACUUGGGAUCAGCGAUGAGAACGAUCAUAACCUCAACGAUUUUCCAUUUUCACGCGAAUUCGUUUUAAUUUUGCGACGCAUAAGUGAUCUGUCUAAUGAAACAAUUAACGGAGGUGAAAUCCUUAUUAAAUUUCCUUGGAGCGAAGCCUAUCAUAGUGUAAUAAAUAUAAACCAAAGGCAAUCGUGUGUAAAUGUGAUGUCAAGAUUUUUCAAGAUGUAGGCUGUGCAGUAAGGAGUGACUAAAUUCUGUAAUUCGUUUAUAUUAAGAAUUACAUAAAAAGUUUAAUGUUUAAAUGACAUUAAUAAAAAAAUAUACGAAUUUAAAAUGGAUACUAAAAGUCUUCAUUCCAAACAUCCAAAAAAAAUGAAACCCAGUAAGGACAAACAGGAAGUGUUUGUGCUAACUCCGGACAUUUUGAAAAAACUGGGUAUCAACAUAGACAACGCAGAUUCAAGCCAAAUAAUCCCUCCGGAUGUGAACACAAACAGUUUCUCAAAUUCUGAAAUAUCAAGUGCAGAAAAUGUACCUGCAUCAACCUAUAGUCCAAAACCAUCUGAUACUUCAAUUUUAGAAACUGCGAGUUUGAUGAUGAAGUCGGUUUUUUUGAGCCCAACUUUUAUUCCCACCGUUGCAAAUGUAACUGCAGGUGAAGUUGAACUUUUAAGCAAUAAUAAUAUAGAGGAGACUUUUAUGGCAACUGAUUCAGUUGAGCCACAAACUCCUGUUUUGAUUCCUGAAGUGAAUAACAAAGGUGCAGGUGUACCUGACUCAAUUGAUAUUCUGGAACAAUGUUACACGGCAGGUCUAGAUCAAUAUAACACCACUCUAAAUGGAGAACAUAUAAGUGUGUCUGAAACUGAUGAAGGGUACUUAGAUAAACAUGUUGAUGGAAAUAAAAUACAAGAAGAUAAUAAAAUGACACUUAAUGAAAUUCCCAGUGAUAUGGGAAAUAGCGUAGAUAACGUGGAUGGAGCAUAUAAUGAAGACUUGUUAAAGGAUCUUUGCAGUAAAGAAUUGAUUGCAACAGGCAGAAAUUCUCCUUAUAUUUCUUCUAAUGAUGUUGAAAUGGUAAAUCCUGCCCCUAAGCUUGCACCUAAAAUAAACAUAGUCUCUGAAGAAACCAUUGCUCUGUCAGAACUUAGAAAGCUCAAAAGCACCCAGUUUUCAAAUACAAAUACACUCACUCCAGUUACUAUUAGUAGUAUAGUUGACACAAAAAUGAAUAAUGCUUACAGAGAAAAUCUUAAUAAUAAACAUUUAAAUAAUUAUGAGAUAUCACAUUCAAAAAAACUUGGAAGUGAAGAGAAGGUAAAUAAAUUAAAUCCUAAGCUUAGUAAUGAAUCCAUACCAACAAAUCCUACACCUAGUGAUUUUUUACAGGGGAUUGAUACCGAAAAAGAAGUGAUAGGCAUAGGUGGGAAUUCCCCUCCACAAAAGGAAUCAUGUGACAAAGUCAGUAAAAUCUCAAAUGAAAUUAUAGUAACUGACGUACUACCUGAUUGUCAAAUGAAUGGUCAUGACAGUUAUGCAGAAGACAAUACACCUGCAAAUUUGAAAUUAGUUAAUGAUCUUGAUAUAAAUGGAGACGCUCUCGUUAUUGAUAGAAAUUCAAAGACAACAGAAAUUUGUAAUGGACGGAUAGAUGACGAAGUAGCGUCUAAUAAAAAGGAAAUUCUUCCUGGAAUUGAAUGUAGAUGCGAUAAUAAUAAUGAAGGAAAAUCUGACAAGCAAGAAGAAACAGUAAUUGAAAAAACUAAGACAGAUAGUGUAAAUCUAAACACUGAAAUGAAAUCUAAUCGCAAGGAAAGUAGUAAUUUAAAACAAAGUUUUGAUGAAGAUUGCAGUGUAAAAAACAAAUCUACUCAAAUAAAAGAAAACAAGUUGGCUAGUAUGUUAAUUGAAACCAAAAAUCUCUCAGAUAGCAAUGCAGAUAAAAAAAUAGACAAAGUAAAGGAGAUAGCUGCAUAUUUAAGGAAAUUUUCUCACAUAUAUACUGAUAAAAAGAAAACUAAACUGGCCCUUAAGAAUGAUGUAAUGAGGAAAGAAGCAAUAAAUUCCAAUAUUAAUACGACUGAAUCAAAAUUAUGCAUUCAAGGUGUUGAAAAGCCUGGUGGAACAAAUAUUGAUAGUGUACGCACUAGUGAUUGCAAAGUUAUGAAAACUUACACUAGGCGUAAUCCUGUGAAGACAACUAAAUCGCACACAUCUAUAAUACGUAAGACUGAGACAAUCAUCGUAGAUGAUGCCCAGGAGUACACACUCCAUGCAGUAAACAUUUUAACACCAAAUCAAAAUCAACAGUUUUGUUUAUGUUUUGAUUUUGGACACCUAUCUUAUUACGAUAGUGAUAAUUUGUAUGAGCAUAUACAUUUCUGGCGCCAUAACACAGCAAAUUGUGACAUGGAUGUAAUAUUUUCCAUUUACAAUGAUGAGAUAGAGGUUAAAAACGAAACGUUAGUAGAUACAGAGGAGAAGACUGAUGAAAACGAUGAAACAUAUAAUGUUUGUUGUAAUGUUUAUUCUAAAGAAUAUUCGGAUCAUUUAGAUAAUUGUGAUAAUGAUGCUGUGCCAUCCUUAGAACCUGGACAUAUUACUCAUGAUUCGAAACAUGCUGAUGCUGUGGAUACUCCACAAGUGUCUGUGUUGAAUAAUGAAUCGCCGAAAGCAAAUUCGCCGAAAGCAAUUUCUCCGAAAGCAAUUUCUCCGAAAGCAAUUUCGCCGAAAGCAACUUCGCCGAAAGCAAAUUCGCCGAAAGAAAUCGAUCAAGCUCAAUCUACAACUAAUUUAAAUGUAGUUGAUGUUAUAGAAGUUAUGGAUGAAGGUGAGGUUGAUAAAGCGGAACUAGACAAAAGUGUGAACAUAAAAGAUUCAGAUAAAUCUUCCAAUACUGAAUGUAACGAAAGAGUCGAAGCUGCGACAGCUACUGCAUCUGAAAGUGACUGCAUUAAUCCCAGCAAGAGCACAUCGCGUCUUAAUUCAACAUCUGAUUGCGCGGUAGAGUCGUCAGAGGCAACUAUGACAAGUGAUGUUCACAGCAAGAAGCGCAAAUUAUCGUCAUCAAUAUCGAUAACUAGUGGUGAGCCAUCUCUUAAGAAGAAAAUUAAGUGUGGGGUAUGCAACGGCAUAUUCUCUGCAGCGGAAUGGGAGAGCCAUGUUGAAACUCAGCAUGAUCUAAUUGCUUGGAAGGCGGGUACUACCCUUAAUUUAGAUGACCCCGAAUUGAAGAAAAAACUCAAAGAAAAAAUUAAAUCGGUUGGCCUACUGAAGUGUAGUUUAUGCAACGUGGAAUUUAAAAAAUUAAAUCGGUUCAUAGAACAUGUUAAAUACUGCAUUCAGAAUAAGGGAAAUCAAAAACCAGAGAAGCCUGCGCGCAAAUCAAGAAUAGUAGCAGAUGAGAAAGUAACUUGUGGUGUUUGUCAGAAAACCCUGUUGUCUUCCAAUUGGCUAGAACAUAGCGGUAGGAGCCACAACUACUUGGCUUGGAUUGAUGGACAAGAUACUUUAAAUGUGGAAAACGAAUCAGACGUGAGGCAGCACCUGCAGAAUAUUAUUCGAAUAAAUGGAAAGCUGACUUGUUACAAAUGUGGCUUGUCUCGCAGCCGUGUGAAGUUGUAUCUAGCCCAUGUGAAAACUUGCGACGGUACUGGGACAUCCUUGGAUGAAACCUCAACCACUAUUGAACUUGACUGUUCAAGUAUUCAAAACGAAACCGUGGAAGAAUCUACUGAAACCGCAAAUGUAAAAUGUGGUGUUUGUCAAAACGAUGUGACGGACUCUGAAUGGCUAAACCACAUAGCCAAAGAACAUACAUAUUUGGCCUGGCGCGAGGGAGAAACACCUUUAAAUGUGGACGAUGAAGAAUUAGUGUGCGAAUAUUUGAAGCAGCUAAUUAGAGAGUAUGGAGGCUUGACUUGUCACAAAUGCGGCUUAGUGCGUAAACGCGGUAAAUUGUAUUUGGCGCACGUUGAAACCUGUGAUGGAACUGGCCAAGCCGAUAUUUCGUUAGUUAAUACCACUCUAAAUACUACAUUAAAUACUACAACUCAAUCGACUGAUGUAUGGAUCGAAGUGCCAGUCGAAGGGGAAGAGAGAAAAGUGGUGAAAUGUGGAGUUUGCUCUCAAGAGGUGCCUAUCGUAGACUGGAUCAAGCAUAUAGGCAAGGAACACGACUAUUUGGCGUGGCGAGACGGAUCUACACCACUGGACUUGGAAGACGAGCUCGCAGUAAAAUCCCACCUCCUUGAUGUAUCGAGGCAGGCUGGCGGCCUCACGUGCAACAAAUGCGAGAAAAUUAUAAAGUACCCCAAGGUUUAUGUACAACAUAUAAAGGAGUGCAAUACGGGACCACUCGACUCUAGUAAGUUAGACACUUCAUCAUCAAGCAGGAUUGAUUCAUACAGUCAGAAUAAAGUCAAAGAUGAGAUACUGACUUGCGGUGUGUGUGCGAGUAAGGUUGAAAGUGCUCUAUGGAUAAAACAUAUAGAAAAGAACCAUCAUUAUAUCGCCUGGGUAGAUGGGGAGACACCUAUCGAUAAAGAAGACUCUGCAAUGGUACAAAAGCAUUUGUACGAUUUGUCCAAGAUCUUGGGUGGUUUGGUGUGUACGAGCUGUGGACUGAAGAGGAAGUAUGUCAAGUCCUACCUGGAUCAUAUCGAAGUAUGCGACAAGAGAUAUAGCAACGACGAUACUGUGUACUCGGAACACGAAAUUGUUGAAUGUGCUAGAUGUGCUGAGAAAGUGCCACAAAAGGCUUUUCGGAAACAUGCGAUGAAGGAACACUAUAACAUUGCCUGGGCGGUUGGAGACAAUCCUAUAGACCUAAAUAAUCCGUAUGUUGUUGAAAGCUAUUUGAAAGAGUAUCACCACGCGAACAACAAAUUAGUUUGUAAGGUGUGCCGUAAAAGCAGAGUGUCUUAUGUCGGCUUCUAUGCUCAUAUCAUAGCCUGUGGUAAAACUGAAGAGGAAACGGAUAUGUACAAAAAUGUUUGCGAUUUAUGUAACAAUAAGUACCUGAUUAUAUACAAAAGUCAGCAUAUGACCAUGCAUCGAGAGAAGGAGUAUGCUUUGGAACGCAAGCAGCUCGCCCUUAAGGAAGAAGAAAUGAAGAAAGAGGAACCCUUGGAAGUCACGCCGACUGGACGUAGAAGGGCUGCUGAAAGGGCAAAGACCGUGAUAGAAAAGUAUAAGAACUGCCUAGAAGAUGGUAGUUAUCACUGUUCAAAAUGUGGUUUCAAUUCGGAAAUUGAAAGUGAACUGACGGAUCAUGUAUGCGUAGAAAAUAAAUGGGUUGACGCAUCAGACUCUGAUGAUUCGGUUAAGUUAGAAAACUGUUCUGACGAAGAAUCUGAAGAGUCGGACGUUGAUUCUAACGUGUCUGACGAGGAACACCUGGAGCGCGAAGAGACUCCUAUUAGGAAGAAAUUUUCACCAGAUUCAAGUUAUAAAGAGAGCACAAAAGUAAGUCGAAUACCAUACCAAAUAAAGGAUAUUAGUAAAUAUAUGAAGAGAAGCGCUGAAGAAUUUUUUAAAACUUAUUUAACAGAAGAGGAACUAUUUACGCAGUGGCGUUAUUGUGAAAUAGAGGAAGUGAAUGGAAAUGAGUUGGUUAACUUCAUGCCACCUGUUGAAGAGUCCUGCAAAGUUAGGUUCGAUGAGACUGAUGAUUGGAAGACAUUUAAACGACUUGAAGCUGAAAGACUUAAAGACAGGGUAGUAAUGUUCGUGGGCGCCAGUAUCCAGUGCAUGCGCUGGGCCCCCGCGACAUCAGCAGCAGUGUCGCACUACCUGGCCGUGGCCACGCAUCGCGACGCCGACACGCCGCGUGUGGGCGCCGACGUCACCCACUCCGGUCCUGGAUUGCUGCAAAUUUGGGAUUGCGGGGAUGUUGUAAGGGAUAAACCACGGUUUGCAUUAGGCCUUGUACACGACUUCGGGACAAUAUGGUCGAUAGACUGGUGUCCGUCCGGAGCGAGGGAUGCGGAUGACGUCACUCUCGAACCGAGCCGAAUGCAUAGACUAGGCUUAUUAGCUGCAGCUUGCUCUAACGGCGCAGCUUAUAUCUUCGCUGUGCCUUAUCCAUCGUCUAUAACGGAAAAGGAGAAUCCAUUUUAUAAACUUAAGCCGAUAGUGGAAUUGAGGCUAGCGAGUAAUGAAAAUAGAAAAGUAUAUCAAGCUACUGCCGUCAAAUGGUCUAUGCAAAAAGGUCAUUCUCACGUAGUGGUCGGAUAUGCGGAUGGGACGACUGCAUACUAUGACCUAAAUGGAGAUUCGCCAUUGCUGCGGACCACAGACAACAAUAUGACAGUAUUUUAUCCAUUUCACGAUGAGCGCGUUCUAAACUCUUGUAUAGAAGAUGUGGACAUAUACCCUUCCGCCGCGGGUAUGCUCCGCGCGGGCGGCGCGGUGGUGGCGGGCAGCGCGGGCGGCGCGGGCGCGGGCGCGCUGCAGUCGCACGUGCCCGCCGCGCGCGUGCUGCACCCGCCGCACUGGCCCGCCGCCAUGCUGGCGGGGACGACUCUGCUAUAUACCCUCCGCGCGGGCGGCGCGGUGGUGGCGGGCAGCGCGGGCGGCGCGGGCGCGGGCGCGCUGCAGUCGCACGUGCCCGCCGCGCGCGUGCUGCACCCGCCGCACUGGCCCGCCGCCAUGCUGGCGGGGGACGACUGUCUAGUGAACCAAUCAGUGAACGAGCUGGAGUGGUGGGGCGGCGGGCGGCGGCUGGGCGGGUCGCGCUGCGCGGCGGGGUGCGCGUGGAGCGGGCGCGUGGCGGCCGCCGCGCCGCCGCUGCUGCGCCUGCUGAGGCUGCACCCCUGCUACCCCGACGUGCACAAGCAGGUUAUAGGCUUAAUCGAGAUGAUUCCGCUGGGAACUAAACGGAAGCGGCAGAACGAUGAGCUGUCUAUGAUCGUAGAGCCGACCACAUACAGCGAGUCGGUGAAGAAGUAUGGCAUCGAGUACAAACAACUCGCCAUCAAGAAUAGAAAAAUACAACAGAAGUUGUCGGCGACGCCCCGCGACGCGUACCCGGAGCGCUACCCUUUGUCCGACGUGACUGCCUUGCAGUUCUGUCACACCUUCGAGCUGCAACACAAGCUAGCCGUGGCGAUGCACGCUGGCCUCAUCUUCAUCGUCAACGUAUGAUACUUAAUUUACUAUUAUUUUAUAUGUAAACAUCAGUGGGAUAGUUCUAUAAGACUUUAAUCGGGUUCCGAAUCCAAUCUCAAUUAUGUAUCAUGUAAGAUACUUACAUGAUCUUUGGUUGGAUCGAUUUCUAAUCGCGAGUAUUUGCUUUUCAAUGUUAUUGAGGUUGAGUUUGGAUUGGACGUAUUUUGGAUAAUUUUUAAUAUCGAUAUUUGGAAAGUAUCAAUGUGAUACCUAACGAAUUGAAUUGGAUUGGAGCUUUGCCGUUAUAGGGGUUGUCGGCGUAAGAAUAUACUUAAGAAUAUGUGAAACAUUUUUAUCGAUAUGAUAAAUAGUAACUUAUAAGAAAACAUGAGUAAACUGUGCUCUGCAACCUUGUACAUGUCUACCAUAUACAUAUAUCGAAUUACUUUAAAGAAGGGCCAAACUUUUAAUCUCUAAUGUCACAAAAAAUAUGUAAUGUUAAAAGUGGCUAUUCACAUAAAUGUCUAUGUAUCAGACAUGUCAGAACAAUGGAAGAAAAGCUUCAACACUAAUCUUAUCUGCCAGUUUUAAAUAUGUACUUUAUAUUAAAAUUAAAAACUAAAGUACCGUGGUUAAGAACAGUUAAGAAAUAUCCUUAGAUUUUUUAGUUUUUUAGACUUUUAAGGGCCUUGCAGAGAGCUAAUCACAAAAUUUUAUACAUAAAAAAAUACCAAAGAAAAUAUUCUCAAACAAACGGAGUUUUUAUCGUAAUGCAUUUUAUAAUAGCAGGCUUUUAUCCGCAAUUGCAAAUUAUUGAAUGGGCUUUUUCGUUACAAUAAAACGAUAUAAUAUCUAUUCAGAUCUGUCAAUAUAUCAUAGAUUUGAAGAAGUGAGUACAUAGUUUGUGUUUCUGAAAUUUAUAUGGAGGUAGAGCACAAAACUAAGGCGGAUAAAAUCGAAAAAAAAAGUACUGAAAUUAACCUGAAAUUUUUGGAUUCGAUCUUCAAUAAAAUAAAUGUCGAGCAGCAAGAUAACAGUUGUCAUCUUGGAUGACUUAAGUUCUUUAAAGAAACCUGUUAGGUACGAAUAAGAGCGCGAUGAAUAAGCGUUCUGUUCGAGGUGAGAUGAUCAAUAUAUCCUAAGAUUGACGUUAUCUAUAUGACCGAUUGUGUUGUUUGUGAUCGAUGUUACGGCUUAGAUGUGAAAUAGUAAGCUAGGAAACACCCGUAGGUAUACUCAAAGUUAGUGAAUUCGUUGAAGAAAUUAAUAAAGGAAAACAAUCAAUUUGGAAGAAUCGGUUUGAUAUUUGGUAUAAAAGUGUUAGGAAUACAUAAACUAAACAUAUAAAUACAUGUUUAUUGAGGAAAGCAUGGUGAAUUCUUGUUGAUAACAUGUAAUGUUUUUGUGAAGGAAAGAAACAAAAACUCCAUUCAGACAGCAUAGCUGUGUGCUAGCUAGAAUUUUUAAUAUAGGAAACUAUAAAAUAUGUAAUAUAUUAUAUUAAUUAAUUUACUGUAGUAUAUGUAUAUACAUAGUUUCUUUUAAGAUUUAUUACGUAUUAUGAUAAUUCAAUUUUAUCCCUUGUUUUAUUCAAUGUUAUUUUAUCUUAUAAUAUGUCUUUAUGUAUAAGUUAUGUUAAAGUGGUUGUUACUUUGAUUCCGUUUUAUAUUUCACGCACAUACAAAUGAAAGUUUUAUGUAAUAAUAAACAACAUGUGUAUUUAUUAGUUUACAAAAUAUUGUAUAGAGUUUUUUAUGUUAUGUAUAAACACAUAAAUAUGUAAAUUUUAUUUUUGUUACGUAUAAAUAGGGUUUAGUAUGUAAAAGGUAUGGAAGUCUCAAAUUGCUGGUACUUUUCUAUUAUUUGCCAGUUAAAGUAUGUGAAAACUGACGUGGCAGACAAAGUCUUGAAAUUAAAUGUUUUUCUUCAUCUACUUAGUUUUCGCCGCAAUUUUUAAAACUACUUAGUGUGCGUCUGCGUCUCUAGUAAAUGAUGCGUUUACAACUCACACGACUACUUUGUUUUUUUUAGAAGAUUACUAGAUAAUAAGUGGUAAAAUGCAUUAUCCGCUAUCUCUUGGAUUUCACUUAUUUUCUCUGCAAAUAAUAUUUUUACCGUAAUAUUCGUACCGUUUUUCAGCGUAACUACGCCUUCCUUUAGACUCAAUGGAAUUCAUGAAUACGGAUUGUAUUGUCGUGUAUUUUCGUAAGUUAUGAGCAAAAAAAUCGGUAGAAACAUGCUAGCAUAGCUAACUUAUGUAAACGAAUGGAUCGGAAUUGUUGAAUUUUAUUUGUUUCACUAUUUUCCUCUAUGGUUUAUUUAUUACGAUUUGAUGAAGGAUUAAGGGGAGGCCUACGUUCAGUAAUGGAAGGCAAUGGGCUGAUAUGAUGAUGACAUUUAUUAGGGUGAACAAAUGUUGGUAGAUUUUCAUGAACAUCACAUUAAUUAUAUAGGUAUAACGUAUAUAUUUUAUUCUGCUAUGAGGAUUCGAAGUCAUAGUUUCGUUAUCCUGCUAGAAAAUGUGUAAUCAUUAAAACUUCAAAUUGCCAUUUUUAUAAUAUAAAUGUGUAAGAUUAAUAUAAUGUGGCAGGUAUUUAUGUCAAACAAACCUUGUAAUUAAAGUAGCUGUAGUUUAUUUAUUCUUAGGCAAUAUCAGAAACUUUAUAUCGGAUUCUACAGUGAUAUUAUUAUUUAACUUCCUUGUAUAACUUGUUUGAUUGUGAUAUGCUUGUUGCAAUAAAACUUUUUAAAUAAAUA